CUCAGCUGUAAGGCCUUCUAACUGGCUUCAUCUAAGCGCGAUGUCGAUAAUACAUUUAAGUGACAAAGUACUCCUGACCAUCUGCUGGCUCUUCAUGUAGCCAACAGAUACUUAUAUGUGAGUGAUCUAAUAGUCUUAACUCAUCCCUCACCAUCUUCCCAUCCUCCCCUCUAGACAUCAUGGCCACCAUGCAGAAAGUCUUCGCGGCGUACAACGCGCGCAAAACCGCUCUCGAAGCCACCUACGAAACCAAUUCAUUUGCACAAGGCGUAGCCUGGGUAGAGGGAGAAUUAGUCCCCAUCGCCGACGCUCGCAUCCCUCUGAUUGAUCAAGGAUUCAUGCACAGCGAUCUGACCUACGACGUUCCCGCCGUCUGGGACGGUCGGUUCUUCCGUCUCGACGAACAUCUCGAUCGACUAGAAUCCAGUUGCCAUAAGAUCCGCCUUCGGUUUCCCAUCCCAAAAGCACAAAUCAAGCAAACCCUCGUGGACAUGGUUGCCAAGAGUGGCAUCCGCGACGCCUUUGUCGAGAUAAUCGUCACUAGAGGUCUUAAAGGCGUCCGAGGAAGUAAACCGGCUGAACCGUUGAAGAACAACCUCUACAUGUUCAUCAUCCCUUAUGUCUGGGUCAUGGAGCCGGAAAUGCAACUUACUGGUGGAAAGGCCAUUGUUGCGAGAACAGUUCGACGUGUUCCUCCGGGAGCUAUGGAUCCGACGGUGAAAAACCUGCAAUGGGGUGAUCUGACGAGAGGAAUGUUUGAGGCCCAGGAUCGUGGUGCUGAUUACCCUUUCCUCACCGACGGAGAUAGUAAUCUUACUGAAGGUGCGGGUUUCAAUAUUUUGAUGGUCAAGGAUGGUGUUGUCUACACUCCUGAUCGUGGAUGUCUCGAGGGUGUGACGCGGAAGAGUGUCAUUGAUGUGGCCAGGAUGAACGGUAUUGAGGUGCGAGUCCAAGUCGUGCCUGUUGCUUGGAUCUACGAGGCGGAUGAAGUCUUCAUGUCGACUACGGCUGGCGGAGUUAUGCCUAUCACUACUCUGGAUGGAGCUCCUAUCAAUGGAGGUGGACUUGGACCCAUCACUAGGAAAAUCUGGGAUGCAUACUGGGCAAUUCACUACGAUGAUGCCUAUAGUUUUGCAAUCCAGUAUGAAGCUGCGUCCGAGAAGAAGGCUACCAAUGGCCAUGUGAAUGGUAUCAAUGGUCAUGCUAAUGGCAUCACCGCCUGAUCGUGGCGAGAGUCAGUUAGUCAUGUCAGAAUUGAAUUUUAGUACUUAGUUGUAUUUUGAUAGCCAUAAUGCCCAUUUCAAUAGGUCAACAUA